AUGAGUGGAAUCGCAGCCACCUGUCUGUCAUGCCUAUCGGCGGUUGACCGAUGGUGUCAUAUCACGGCCUGCCUCGGAGCUGGCCGUGCCCGAGAUGGCAUUUACGAAACCACCUUGGCAGACAAUGAACGGGAAGCGGUCUCAGACUUAUUGGGAUAUUUGGAAAAUCGCGCCGAGACCGAUUUUUUCUCUGGAGAACCACUGAGGGCCUUGAGCACUCUAGUAUAUUCCGAUAAUAUUGAUUUACAAAGGAGUGCCAGUCUGACAUUCGCCGAAAUCACUGAACGAGAUGUCCGAGAGGUUGAUCGCGAUACCCUCGAACCCAUCCUGUUUCUGUUACAGAGCUCCGAUCUCGAGGUCCAGCGAGCUGCCAGUGCAGCCCUGGGCAACCUUGCCGUCAAUGGUGAAAACAAGGUCUUGAUCGUCGCCCUCGGAGGGCUGGCCCCUCUGAUCCGCCAGAUGAUGUCGCCAAAUGUGGAGGUCCAGUGCAACGCGGUCGGAUGUAUCACCAAUCUAGCUACACAUGAGGAGAAUAAGGCCAAGAUCGCUCGAUCGGGGGCACUGGGUCCACUGAUCCGCCUGGCCAAGUCAAAGGAUAUGCGUGUUCAGCGUAAUGCGACCGGAGCGCUACUUAAUAUGACCCAUUCUGACGAUAACCGACAGCAACUUGUCAACGCCGGUGCGAUCCCGGUCCUUGUCCACCUCCUUUCGUCCCCUGACGUUGAUGUCCAAUACUACUGCACCACCGCGCUCAGUAAUAUCGCUGUCGAUUCAACCAAUCGCAAGCGCCUGGCUCAGACUGAGUCGCGUUUGGUUCAAUCCUUGGUUCACUUGAUGGACUCAUCUACCCCCAAAGUCCAGUGCCAAGCUGCACUCGCCCUCCGCAACCUGGCUUCCGAUGAGAAAUAUCAACUGGAGAUUGUGCGCGCAAAGGGACUUUCUCCUCUCUUGCGACUUCUUCAGUCAUCCUAUCUCCCGUUGAUACUCUCUGCUGUUGCUUGCAUCCGCAACAUCUCUAUCCACCCCCUCAACGAGUCUCCGAUCAUUGAAGCAGGCUUCCUCAAGCCGUUGGUAGACUUACUUGGUACCACCGACAAUGAGGAGAUCCAGUGCCAUGCUAUUUCCACACUCCGUAACCUUGCAGCUAGCUCCGAUCGCAAUAAGGAGCUUGUUCUGCAGGCUGGUGCUGUUCAGAAAUGCAAGGAUCUAGUUCUCCGAGUCCCUCUUACUGUUCAAUCUGAAAUGACUGCCGCCAUUGCCGUACUUGCCCUUAGCGAUGAGCUGAAGCCUCACCUACUCAAUCUUGGAGUAUUUGAUGUCUUGAUUCCAUUGACAAACUCCGAGAGCGUUGAGGUGCAAGGAAACAGCGCAGCAGCUUUGGGUAAUCUUUCAUCUAAAGUGGGAGACUAUACAAUCUUCGUUCGGAAUUGGUCCGAGCCAAAUGGCGGUAUACAUGGUUACCUGCAGCGAUUCCUCGCAAGCGGUGACCCAACUUUCCAGCAUAUUGCCAUCUGGACUCUUCUCCAGCUUGUGGAAUCGGAAGACAAGAAACUAAUAGGGUACAUUUCCAAGUCGGAUGACAUUAUACAAAUGGUCAAGUCAAUCUCCGACAAGAACAUUGAAUCGGACGAGGAAGAUGGUGAAGAUGGCGAGGGAGAAGUGAUUGCCCUCGCUCGGCGAUGUCUGGAUCUCCUUGGAGCAGGUCCCAAACAGACCCUUGUCGAGGCCUAA